GUGACGUAAGCUUUCCAUCUUGUAACAGGGAGGCACGUCUAGAUUAUAAUUUCUUGUAGGUUAAACCGGUGAUUGCACUAGUACCGCUCAGUUAGUCCAAACUAAAAGGCGUGAGUGACUUGUAGCGUUGUUGUACAGUGGAAACAGACGCGAAAACCUCUGCAGUUGUUUAGUGGUUGUAUAAGUUCACCUUUUUGUUAUGCUAGCUGAGACCUAGCAGUUAGCGAGCAGUGACCAUUACCCAGGUGUGCUUGGAAACCUCUCAGGUGAUACAGCCUUUGCACUGUACUUCUGCAGUGGUUCAGUACAUCCUUAACUCAGAAUGCACCCUGACCUGUCACCUCACCUGCACACAGAUGAGUGUAAUGAACUAAUAAAUCAGCUGAGGCACUGCCACAAAGAGCACAAUGUCCUUAAGUUCUUUGGCACGUGUAAUGACCUGGACCGUGCCAUGCGACAGUGUCUUAAGAAAGAGAGACUGGAAAAGCGAGAGCGCAGCAAACAGCAUGCAAUAGAGAUGAAGAGGAGGCUGAAAGAAGGACCCAAAGAGCAUCUUUAAGGGACAUUUUACUGCAACUGUGCCACUUGCAGUGCAAGUUAAACUUAAUGAGAAUUUGGCACACUGAAUUGAGCAUGACACUGUGUACCAGGCUUUCUCAGCUGACUUUAUGUCAGGACAGAUGAAGAAUUGUCUCUUUUUAAGCAGUGUGGGUAAUAUUACCAUUUACUGGUGUGCAUCGCCAAGAACAAGAUGGUAAAAUGACCAUGUUAUUCCUUAUUACUGUUAUUUUUAAAGUUUAGAGAUGUGUGUAAGCUUGGUUAAGCUUGCAUGGAAACUCUGAAUGCAUUUGUAGCUUUAUCAUGCGCACAGACUAAAACUUGAAGUGUUAGCAAAACAUGCAGGUCAACAUAAAAACACAGUCUGCUAUAGUGCUUGAAGUAUUUGCCCCCUUCCUGAUUUUUUUUAAUUUUAUUUUUUAUUUUGAAUGUUUGUCACACAUGUUUCAUAUCACUCAAAAUUUAAUAAUAGACAAAGAUAACUUGAGUAAAUACAAAAUGCAGGUUUUAAAUGAUGGUUUCAUUUGUUAGGAAAAAAAAAAAAGCUAUCCAAACCUACCUGGCCCCAUAUGAAAAAAGUAAUUGCCCCCCUUAUUAAAGCAUGAAUAAACUGAUUCAUCACAUUUUUGGGGGGAAAAAAUUCACUAGCCACACCCACAUCAUCACUUAAAUAGAACUCGUCUGACAAAGAGGCUAAAAGAUCUCAAAAACAACGCAUGCCACAAUCUAAAGAAACAGCUAAGAAACAAAGUCAGUGACGUCUGUCAGUCUGGAAAGGGUUACAAAACCAUUUUUAAGGUUUUGGGACUUGAAUGAUCCACAGUGAGAGCCAUUAUCCACAAAUGGAGAAAAGUUGGAUCAGUUAGUGGUGAACCAUCCCAGGAGUGGCCAACCUACCAAAAUCACUCCAAGAGCACAUCUGCAGCUCAUCCAGGAGGUCACAAAAGAAGAUCGGAACAUCUAAAGAACUGCAGGCCUCACUGAGUUCAGUUAAGGUCAGAGUUCGUGAUUCAACAAUAUGAAAGGGACUGGGCAAAAAUGGCAUCCAUGGGGGAGUUCCAAGGAGAAAAUGAUCUUUAAAAUUUGGGAAAAUAUUCUGUGGACUGAUGAGACAAAAGUUGGAAAUUUUUUUUGGAAGGUUUCAGUCCUGUUACAUCUGAAAUAAAGCUAACACACCAUUUCAUAAAAACAUCAUACCAACUCAAACAUGGUGGUGGUAGUGUGAUGGUCUGAGGCUGCUUUGCUGCUUCAGGACCUGGAUGACUUGCUGUAAUUGAGGAAACUGAAUUGAAUUCUGCUCUACCAGAAAAUCGUAAAAGAGAAUAUACAGCAAUCAGUUUGUGCCCUGAAGCUCAAGCUCAUGUGGUGUUAUGCAGCAGGACAAUGAUCUGAAACACACCAGGAAGUCCACCUCUGAAUGGCUCCAAAAAACCCAACACAAUAUGAAGGUUUUGGAGUGGCCUAAUCACAGUCUGGAUUUGAAUCCCAUUGAGAUGCUUUGGCACAACCUUAAACAGGCCACGCUCCAAUGUGGCUGAACAACAAUUCUGCAAAGAAGAGUGGGCUAAAAGUCCUCAACAGCAAUGUGAAAGACUCAUUGCCGGCUAUUACAAACACUUGAUUGCAGUUCUUGCUGCCAAGAGUGGCACAACCAGUUAUUAGGUUUAGAGGGCAAUUACUGUUUCACACAAGGCCAGGUAGGUUUUUUUUUUUCUUCCCCUUAAUAAAUUAUCAUUUAAAAACUGCAUUUUGUACUUCCUUGGGUUAUCUUUGCUUAAGAUAAUUUUUUUUUUUUUUUGCAUUUUUGGCCACAGCAGGUUUUAUGGGCAGUGGAGAGAGACAGGAAAUGGGGCAAAGAUACAGGGGAAGACAUGCAGGCAAGCUGGCGACGGGCCGGGACUCGAGCCCACGCUGCCCGCGCCGCAAUGUGGUCACCGGCUUCACCACUAAGCCACCCAGGUGCCCCUGCUUAAGAUGAAUUUUGAUAAUCUGAAAAUGUUAAAAAAAAACAAACAAGAAAUUAGAAAGAGGGCAAAUAUUUUUUCACAGUACUGUACUUGAGAUGGAAGAUUAAAGUUUGGGUAUUUUUUUUUUUUCCAUCUGUUGGAGCGGAACACUGCAGAAGCCCAUGGUGAGGAUUACUCUGCAUUAACAUACAACAAUAAUCAUUGAAUGUUUGUUAGAAUGAGGAAUCAUAUUGAUUCAACAUUAAUUCCUUUCAAAUAAAGUGAAAUUAUGAGUUAAUUUAAGAAUCCAUUCUUGCUUUAACAUGGUGUCACAAUAAUGUGAGACAGUGUUGAAGGUCUUGAGAGGAGCAUAAAGAAGUUGACUAAU